GUCACAGAAUGGAAGAAAUGCUGAAAACAUGGGAAGCGAAAAUUCUCGAGAAGGCAGGAAAGUGAGGAAGGAGUUAGUUUGGGGGAGUGAGAAUGAAAAAAUGGAUUAUUGAAAAAAGAACAGGAAAAGGGAAGGCAUUGAAAAUAACAUCAGCAAACAAAGUCUUCCCCACACCAUCCUCUCCCCACAAGAGAAUGAGCCCGUUCAUGUUCCUCUACCACCGAACACACCCCGCCACCACCCAACACUAACGUGCGCCCUCUUCCUUACCCUGCGCCUUGCGCACCCUUCUCUUAUUUCCCCUUCAUAACCUCCGCGUUAACCCUUCUCUCUCUUCCCCACUCAGAUUCCCAGGAUCCCAGCUAGCCUGCGGGUUCCGACGUUAGGGUUAGGGUUUCCGAGAGAUGUGGUAUGCUUCUGGCAUUGAUGAAUCUGCUCUCGCUUUGUUGGAAGCCAUUUGGCCGCGAUGCUGAUCGAUUCGAUUCCAUUGGAGUUAUUGGGAGCAGUUUCGCUGCAAGAGAAGGCAAAGACGGCUUGCUCUGGUUCCGCGACGUCGGAAAAUAUGGCUCCGGCGAUUUCUCCAUGGCCGUCGUUCAGGCCAACCAGGUUCUCGAAGACCAGAGCCAGAUCGAGUCUGGUCCUCUCGGCACCUUCGUCGGUAUCUACGAUGGUCACGGAGGACCCGACGCAUCCAGAUACGUAUGCGAUCACUUGUUUCGCCAUUUUCAAGCAAUAUCAGCUGAGUCACGCGGGGUUGUGACAACUGAGACUAUUGAAAGGGCAUUCCGCCAAACGGAAGAGGGGUACACUGCCCUCGUGUCAGACUUGUGGAAUACUCGACCUCAAAUUGCAAGUGCUGGGUCCUGUUGUCUUGUUGGAGUGAUUUUUCAGCAGACACUCUUUGUGGCAAACGUUGGAGACUCCCGCGUUGUAUUGGGUAAGAAAGUUGGCAACACUGGAGGUGUUGCUGCAAUUCAGCUGUCUACGGAACACAAUGCAAAUCUUGAGGCUGUUAGACAGGAACUUAAAGAGUUACACCCUAAUGAUCCCCAAAUUGUUGUCCUCAAACAUGGAGUAUGGAGAGUGAAAGGCAUCAUUCAGGUCUCUAGAUCUAUUGGUGAUGUAUAUAUGAAACACGCGCAGUUUAAUCGGGAACCACUUAAUCCAAAAUUCAGACUUCCUGAACCAAUGAACAUGCCUAUCUUGUCUGCUAAUCCCACUAUCAUUUCUCAUGCUUUGCAACCAAAUGAUUCCUUCCUUAUAUUUGCAUCAGAUGGUUUAUGGGAACACCUGACUAAUGAAAAAGCUGUGGAUAUUGUCAACAGCAAUCCACACGCCGGUAGCGCGAAGAGACUUAUCAAAGCUGCGCUCCACGAAGCAGCAAGAAAACGAGAAAUGAGAUAUUCAGAUCUCCGUAAGAUUGACAAGAAGGUUCGACGCCAUUUUCAUGAUGAUAUAUCUGUUAUUGUUUUAUUCUUAAAUCACGACCUUAUUUCCAGAGGCACAGUGCUAGACCCGGCACUUUCACUUCGAAGCGCUCUCGAUCACUGACUUGUAUGAUUGUAAGCAGUCUUGUACGAGUUUUUGGCAACUGUAUCGAUACCUGAAGAUACGCCAUUGGUACCUGGCUAGAAUAUGCCAUUGCAAAUCACACUGCUGUGGCACGUUUGGCUUCUAGUACCGGCAUCAUUGAUGAGGCACGAGAAUUUAUUAAAGUUAUAACAUAUUAUUAGAAAUUUAUCCAUCAAGAGUAAAAGAAAAUUUAAUAAAAAUAUCUUAAUCCCUUUUCUAACGUUUUAGUUUUUACCCAAAAUGCUGGAUUUUAAUUUUAUUUAUUGAUUUAUUUAGUUUUGAGG